AGAGGGGAAAGUACAUAAAGAGGCACCCCCCCCAAACUCUCUGAGAUCUCGCUUCGAAGCAUGUGCUUUGUUGUCCAGACAACCAGGAAGCGCGGAGUGGAAGACAAGACAGUCACCAGCGCCGCCAUCCCGGCUGUCGCUUCCUCCAUCGAUGUCUAGCGGAGCUGGAGAAGUUUUCCUGGCCCUUUCGCACCAGCGCGCGCCGGGUUCCCUUCAACUCUCCCCUCUGUCCCCUUCCUCCCUCCCUUUGGGUCGUUCGCGCACGCGUAUUUUAGCCAACUUCUUCCGUGUCUCCUCUGAGUCAUCGGUGGCUGCAGGCAGCCAGCUCCUCCACUCGUCCCUCCCACAGCCCGGGCGGGACCUUAUGUCUUGCGGGUGGUGGCGCCAUUCCCUGAAUUGGAGCCUGAGUGGAGUGAAUUUGGAGAGGCCCUUUUGGGGCUGACAGGUGAACCGCCGUGGGGAAGGGGAAGAAGAGAAAGAGGAGGAAGAAGAGGAAGACCUGACCGCGGGGGCUACCCCAACUGCGGUUGUAUAAGAUGGUGUUCGAGUCCAUAGUCGUGGACGUGUUGAAUCGGUUCUUGGGGGAUUAUGUGGUGAACCUGGACACUUCCCAGCUAACUCUGGGCAUCUGGAGAGGAGUUGUAGCCCUUAAGAAUCUUGAAAUUAAAGAAAAUGCAUUGAGUGAACUGAAUAUACCAUUUAAAGUCAAAUCUGGAUCUAUAGGUAAACUUGAUCUUGUGAUUCCUUGGACAAACCUUUACACUGAGCCAGUCAAGGCAGUAUUGGAAGGAAUUUAUUUACUCAUAGUGCCUUCAACCCUUAUGAAGUAUGAUGCAGAAAAAGAAGAGAAAUAUCUCUUAGAUUUAAAGCAGAAUCAAUUAAAGAGAAUAGAAGAGGCAAAAAAGAAAAUGGGAAAUAAAGGUAAGGAAAAGAAAGAGAAACAGGAUACUUUCACAGAAAAGCUAAUCGCACAGAUAAUAAAAAAUCUUCAUGUAAAAAUUUCCAGUAUCCAUGUCCGAUAUGAAGAUGAUGUUACAAAUCGAAAAAAACCAUUGGCAUUUGGGAUAUCUCUUCAGAAUCUCAGCAUGGAGACAACUGAUCAAGAUUGGAAUCCAUGUAUAGAUCAUGACACUGAGAAAUUCUUUCGUAAGCUAAUACGUUUAGAUAACCUGUUUGGCUAUUGGAAUGUGAAAGCUAGGAUGUUUCAUCAACAUGAUUCUGUUAUAUCUUUGGAAAGCUUAAAGUAUGGAAUCAUCACAGAUGUUGUCCCAGAAGGUUAUGAUUUUGUAUUCCAUCCCAUUUCUGCUCAAGCCAAACUGGGUAUGAAUCGCCGAACAGAUUUAGAUUUUUCUUCACCAAAAAUUAAUUUGGAGGUUGAGGUACAUAACAUAGGCAUCGAAUUGAACAAAUUACAGUAUUUCAGUGUCAUGGAGCUCCUUGAAUCAAUUGACAUGAUGACUCAAAACUUGCCAUAUAGGAAAUAUAGGCCUGAUGUAUGUAUUCACAACAAUGCUGAAAAAUGGUGGAAAUAUGCAAUAACCGGUGUUCUUAAAGUAGAUAUCCAGCCCAGGCUGCACGUGUGGUCAUGGAAGUACAUUUGCCAACACAGGCAAAAUGUAAAGCAGUAUAAGGAGCUUUAUAAGAGAAAGAUAAAAAGUACGAAGCCAACUGAUGAAAUCCUAAAACCUUUGCAGGAUUUGGAAAAAGUAUUGGAUGUGUUUAACAUUAUUUUGGCAAGACAACAAGCAGAAGUUGAGGUAAAGAAAGCUGGACUCAAAAUUUAUGGAGAAUCUUCAGAGGAUAAUAAAGGCUGGUUUGGUUGGUUGUGGAAUUGGUCAGAAUCGAACACUAAUGAGCAAGCAGAUACUAAACCUGCAAGUCUUGAAGAAUAUAUGACAUAUGAAGAGAAGGUUAAACUCUAUGAAGCAAUUGGUUAUAGUGAAACUGCCGUUGAUCCUACAUUGCCCAAAACAUAUGAAGCCAAAAAAUUGUCUCUGCAAUUGGGAAGUAUGUCUAUUUCCUUAAGGGAAAGCAAGAAAAAAUCUGAGUUGGUACAUAUUUUAUUUGGUGAUUUCAGCACAUUGAUCAUACAACGACCAGGAGCACAAGCAAUAAAAUUUGAAAGCAAAAUAGACACAUUUCGUGUUACUGGUUCAUCAUUUCUUUACUUAAAACCUUGUCUCCUUUCUCCAUUGGAUGAUUCUUCUUUACUUUUCAAAAUUUUGUUUGAGACCAAUCCAUUAGAUGGAACUGUUGCUCAGAGAUGUAUCAUAGAAGCUGAGCCUUUGGAAAUAAUAUAUGAUGCAAAAACCGUGAAUGAUAUAGUGCAAUUUUUUCAACCUCCAAAAGAAGUUCGUCUGGCAAAGCUAACUACAGCAACUUUGAUGAAACUGGAAGAAUUCCGUGAGAAGACAGCAACAGGUUUAUUAUAUAUUAUUGAAACACAAAAAAUUCUUGAUCUCAAAAUUGAUUUGAAGGCAUCAUACGUUAUUAUCCCACAAGAUGGAUUUUAUACUGCCACAUCAAAUUUACUUCUCUUGGAUCUUGGCCAUCUAAAGGUGUCAAGUAGAAGUCAAUCUGAGUUACCAAACAUUGAAGUAAACGUGACUGAUAUUGAAGAGAUUAUGUCUAGAGCUUAUGAUAAUUUUGAUAUUCAGCUUACUAGCAUACAGCUACUUUUUAGCACAGCUGGUAAUGAUUGGAAAGAAGCUCGAAAACUCCCGUAUUCUGAUCAGCAUAUCUUGGAGCCAUUGCAUUUUAAUAUGGAAUUUUCCAAGGCCAUGGUUGUCACAGAUCUGAGAAUGCCUAAAUUCAAAGUUUUCGGACAUCUGCCUCUGCUUUCUUUGCGAAUUUCAGAUGAAAAAUUAAAAGGGAUUUUGAAAUUAGUUGAAAGCAUUCCAAGGCCACAAAGUACAACUGAUGUAUAUGGCUAUAAAAAAACUUCUCUGGAUUAUACAUCUUCUUUUGGAACACCACAGAUUUCCCAAAGGCUGCUUCCUCUCUGGGAACUUCAAUCCAUUAUGGAAGAUGAAUCAGAAGAGGAAUAUUAUGAUGCUCCUUGUAGUCCACUAGAAGAUAUUCCAUGUUUGUUGUUUUCUGGUCACAAUGUUCGACAAAGAAAAUUUCAUAGACUAGGAGCAACUACAAACUGGACUGACUGUAAAAUGAAAUUUGAGAUACCUGAGGUUUUUAUUCAAUGUUGUCGUCUUGUUGAAAAUUUGGAGCAGCCUAUAAUGGAACUAGAUAUUGUCGGAUUAGGUACAGAGAUUCAAUUAAGAAGAUUUGAUAAGAGUGCAAAUGCUUUCCUGAAGGAAAUCUGCCUAAAAUGUCCAGAGUACAUGGAUGAAAAACAAAAACCAGUAUACCUUAUUACAACACUGGAUAAUGCAUUAGAAGAUCUGUUAACACUGGAAUAUAGUAAGGUUGAUUCACAUGUACCAGACCUUAAAACUUCCUAUAAGAAUGUUUUACAGCUGUUCAAGAUAAAUUUUUCUUCUUUGGAUAUUCGUUUGCAUACUGAAGCACUUUUGAAUAUUAAAAAUUUUGUGAAUAGUCUUCUUCCAAAAAGAGAAGUAAAAUCACAUAGUCAAAUUGUGGAAACUGAAGAAAAAGGAGGAGAAAUAAUUAAGAAAUUAUCUUCUAAGAUAUCUAGGAGUGAAGAUGUCAUUAACCUAAAUAUCAUUGCUGACCUGUCUUGCUUACGCAUCUUUAUUGAAGAUCAAAGAUGUAGAAUUUCUGAAAUUACCAUUGAAGGCUUUGAGUCCCACGUGGUAAUGAGACAGACCACAAGUGAAAUAAAUUUAAAUCUGAAGAAUAUAAUUAUUUUGGAUUCUGAUGAAAUGGCCUUCUAUAAAAAGGUGCUUUAUAUAACUGGAAAAGAGGUCUUCAGUUUGAAAAUGAUUUCUUAUCUUGGUGCUACUGCUGGUGCUGAAUAUACAAAUAUGAAUGUAGUUGACAGGGAGAUUACUCUAACUGUUGGCUGCAUUGAAGUUGUUUUAAUAAUGAAAUUUCUAUAUUCUGUAUCGGCUUUUAUAAACAACUUUCAAAGAGCAAAAGAAGCUUUGGCUGAAGCAACGGUUCAAGCAACAGGUAUAGCUGGUGGUGUAAAAGAACUGACACAAAGAAGUUCCCGAAUGGCAUUGGAUAUUCACAUCAAAGCACCUGUUGUAGUCAUACCACAGUCAUCAGAAUCCACAAAUGUCUUAGUUGCUGAUUUUGGGCUAAUUACAAUGAAGAACAAGUUCAUCUUAGUGCCAAACAGCAUUUAUUCCCCUCCACCAGUUAUUGAUGAUAUAACAGUAAAGCUGAGUGAGAUGCAACUCUACAGGUCCCAAUUUGUUGAAGGCCAAUUUCCUGAUGUACUAGUUAUAAUGCAACCAAUAAAUCUUGAGAUUGCUGUUCAACGAAACCUGUCUUGGGAGUGGUACCAAGAAAUUCCUGCUGUGAACCUUGAUGCCCAGCUUAAACCUAUGGAGCUUAUUCUAAGUCAAGAAGACAUUACUAUGAUAGUAAAAAUGUUGUAUGAAAAUAUAUGGAUUACAGAUAAUAAUCAGCCUUCAGUAGCUCCAGUCUCUGCAGAGUCUGAUGAUCUAUCAGCUCAACACAUUUCAGGAGGAACAACUGUAGUGACAGCAGCUGUGGUAGAAAUGCAUCCACAAGCACCACGUGUCAAGACUACAAUAAAUCUAAAUUUCAGAACUGACUAUUUGACUCUAACUUUGUAUAGCCCAGAUCCUAAAAAUACUUCCUUUGUAGAUGUUCGAGAUCCGCUUUUGAAACUUGCAGAAUUUAAACUGGAACAGAUUCUAAGUGGUGGGAAAAUGCUUACAGAUGACUCAGUAUUUUUUUCAUUGUCCUUAAAACACUGCAUAUUAGAAGAUAAACAGAGCCAUAUUCGGAAGGCAACUCCACAAAUGAUUGGACUGACAGUUGGCUUUGAAAGAAAGGAUAUGAUGGAUUUAAGAUACAAACGAAACAGAGAGGGUAUUGUAUUCGAUAUAAUUUUGCAAGAACUGUAUCUCUGUGCAAGUAUGCAAUUCCUGAGGGCAGUUUCAGAUGUCUUUCUUACAGCCUAUUAUAGCGGUAUUGUUGUAGAGACUACUAAUGUUCAAGGAUGGCCCUCAAAAGAAGAUAUGCAAGAGAAAUGGGAAAUGAAUGUUUUGAUUAAAAAUCCUGAAAUUGUGUUUGUGGCUGAUUUGUCAAGAUUUGAUGCUCCAUCAUUAGUUCUUACCACACAAUGUGAAAUCAGUUGGAAAUGGACACCUCUGUCAGAUAAUAUAACGGCUGCAAUUAAAGAUCUCCAAGUGAAAGCAUGUCCAUUUCUUCCAGCAAAGAGAGAAGGCAAAAUCACUACGGUUUUGCAGCCAUGUGACUUGUUUUAUCAAAGUAUUCAAAUGGGUGUAGAUCCAAGGAUGGUUGAUAUAUCUGUAAAAUCCUUGACACUCAAGAUUUCACCUAUUAUUAUAAAUACCAUAAUUACUAUUACAUCAACAUUUUAUACAACUGCAAAAGUUGCACAUCGAGAAUCAUUUCCAUCUCAACCAGAUUUAUGGGACAAAAUGGAUACAAAGAAACUGAAAAUGUGGUUUCUUGAAGAGUCAGGUGAUAGUGAAAAGGUGGCUGCAGUGACAGAGUUGGUUCCCACUGGAGAGAUGAUAAAAAUGACAAUUGACUCAAUUUUUGUUGUUCUUGAAGCUGGAGUUGGUCAUAGAACAAUACCAAUGCUUUUGGCUAAGUCAUAUUUUUCAGGGGAAGGCAAAAACUGGAGCACUCUUAUCAAUCUUCAUUGUCAUCUUGAGUUAGAAGUACAUUACUACAAUGAAAUGUUUGGUGUAUGGGAACCUUUACUUGAACCUUUAGAAAUUGAUCAAACUGAAGAUUUUAGACCAUGGAAUUUUGGAAUAAAGAUUAAAAAGAAAGCAAAGAAAGCCUUGGUUGAAUCAGAUACUGAGGAAGAAAACUACAAAGUGCCAGAGUACAAAACAGCAAUUAGUUUCUAUUCAAAAGACCAGUUGAAUAUUACAUUAUCAAAAUGUGGCCUUGUAAUGCUGAAUAAUUUAGGAAAGGCAUUUACAGAAGCUGCUACUCAGACUUCAGAUAUCUUCACAAAGGAUCAAGCACCAUUUCUUAUUUUCAAUUCUCUUGGAAUUACCAUCACUGUUUCAAUGAGCGAUUCCUUUCGUGCUCUUAAUCUUCCUGAGUCAAAAAUGUUUGCAUUAAAAAAUGAAGAGAGCUUAAGUAUGGAUUAUAUCAGAAGUAAUGAUGGUGAUCAGUUUAGUGCAAUGACCAGCCUAAGUAGCAAACUUUUUUACAUUAUGCUCACACCUGCUAACCAUUCAACUACUGAUAAGAUUCCUUUAACAAAAGGAGGUCGACGUCUGUAUACUGUUAGACACAGAGAAUCUGGUGUUGAAAGAUCUAUUGUUUGCCAAAUUGAUACGGUUGAAGGCAGUAAGAAGGUUACAGUUCGAUCCCCAGUGCAGAUGCGAAAUCAUUUCUCAAUUCCAAUGAAUAUUUACGAAGGUGACAUAUUGUUGGGAACUGCUUUACCAGAAAAUGAGUUCAACAUACAAUUGACAUCUUAUCGAUCAGUCCUUUUUUUGAGACCAGAAGGGGAAGAAUGUGGGCUAUGUGAUGCAAUCAACUUUGAAGAAAUUAUAAAAUAUGAAGGACUCCUCCUAGAAAAACAUUGUCAACCUUCACACUCUUCUAAGAAACCAUUUAUCAUUAAUAUUGUACCUGAAAAAGAUCAAUUGACAUCACUGUCGGUGUAUUCAGAGGAUGGAUGGGAUUUACCAUACAUAAUUCAUCUGUGGCCUCCUGUUCUUCUCCGCAAUUUUCUUCCUUAUAAAAUUGCUUAUUAUUUAGAGGGAAAUGAACUUAGAGUUUUCACCCUAGAGGAGGGUUCUUCAGCCCAGAUCUGUACUGCAGAAUUGGAUAAAACUAGACUACAUUUAAAGUUAAUUAAUUAUCUUGACCAGGAUUGGAAAAGUGAAUAUCAAAUAAGGUCUAAUCAACACGACAUCAGUUUUAUUAGUUUUAGAUGUGUCACUGAGAUAGAGAAGACAGAAUUAGUUAUUGCCAUUCACUUGACUUAUAAUACUGGCCAGGCAAUUGUAGCAUUUCACAGCCCUUAUUGGAUGGUGAAUAAAACUGGUCGGAUGCUACAAUACAAAGCGGAUGGGAUUCAUCGUAAGCAUCCUCCAGAUUACAAAAAGCCAGUACUCUUUUCUUUCCAGCCUAAACACUUUUUUAAUAAUAACAAGGUGCAGCUUAUGGUGACUGAUAGUGAAUUAUCAGACCAGUUUUCAAUUGAUACUGUAGGCAGUCAUGGAGCGAUUAAAUGUAAAGGUUCAACAAUGGACUAUCAAGUUGGUGUAACCAUAGACCUGAGUAGUUUUAAUCUUACCAGAAUUGUAACAUUCACUCCUUUUUAUAUAAUAAAAAACAAAAGUAAAUACCAUGUAAGAGUAUCAGAAGAGGGAAAUGAAAAAUGGAUCUCUCUUGAUUUGGAGGAGUGUAUCCCCUUUUGGCCUGAAAGUUCUUCUAAUAAACUGCUGAUUCAAGUUGAAAACAGUGAAGAGCCUCCAAAAAAGAUAUAUUUGAACAAGCAAGAAAAUUGCAUUUUACUGCACCUCGGCAACAAACUUGGAGGAAUUAUAGCAGAAGUGAAUAUAGCUGAACAUUCUACAUUUAUUACAUUUAUGGAUUAUCAUGAUGGAUCUGCUACAUUCCUUUUAAUAAAUCACACCAAGGAUGAGAUUGUUGAAUAUAAACAAAGUUGUCUCAUUGAAAUGGAAGACAUGCUUCCUCCUGGUAAAGCAGUUUUAUACACUUGGAAUGAUCCCAUAGGUACUAGAAAAUUGAUCUGGAAAUGUGGAAAGAGCCGUGGUGAAGUAACGCAAAAAGAUGACAUGAUGACACCAAUAACUUUGGGUGGGAAAAAGACCAUUUAUUUAGUUUCAUUCUUUGAAGGCUUGCAGCGCAUUCUUUUAUUCACUGAAGAUCCUAAAGUAUUUAAAGUGACAUAUGAAAGUGAAAAAGCUGAGUUGGCAGAGCAAGAAAUUGUGUUGUCAUUACAAGAUGUUGGAAUUUCUUUGGUUAAUAACUAUACAAAACAAGAAGUAGCCUAUAUUGGCAUCACAAGCUCGGAUGUAGUUUGGGAAACAAAACCAAAAAAGAAAGGAAGAUGGAAAACACUAAGUAUAAAGCAAACUGAAAAAUUAGAGAGAGAAUUUAAAGAAUACAUUGAGGUUUCACCUUGCGAAGAUAAGAUUAUAGAUUUGGAACCUUCUGUUACGGUUUGUUUAACACCUAGUGGUAGUAAUAUGAAAAUUCUACAACCACAUAUAAUACCUGUACGAAGAAAUUAUCUGCCAGCAGUAAAAUUAGAAUAUAGUACAUCUGCACAUCAAACAUCUUUCAGAGUUCAAAUUUAUAGGAUACAGAUACAAAAUCAGAUUCAUGGAGCUAUAUUUCCCUUUGUAUUUUAUCCUAUUAAACCUCCCAAGUCAGUCACCAUGGACUCAGCACCGAAGCCAUUUACAGAUGUAAGUAUUGUGAUGAGAUCUGCUGGACAUUCACAAAUAUCACGUAUUAAGUAUUUUAAAGUAUUGAUACAAGAAAUGGACCUCAGGUUAGAUCUUGGAUUUCUUUAUGCUCUGGCAGAACUCAUGGCAGAAGCUGAGGUGACUGAACAACACGAGGUUGAACUUUUCCACAAGGAUAUUGAGUAUUUUAAAGAAGGAUUUCAGACAGACUCAUUAACAGAUACAUCACAAGUCAGCCUUUAUGAAUAUUUUCAUAUUUCUCCUAUCAAGUUACACUUGAGUGUUUCACUGAGUUCGGGUAGAGAUGAUGGUAAAGAUGCAGCACAACAUGGAGGACUGAUUCCAGUCCAUUCAAUAAACCUCCUGCUGAAGAGUAUCGGUGCCACUCUUACAGAUGUGCAAGAUGUAGUAUUUAAGCUAGCAUUUUUUGAACUUAACUAUCAGUUCCAUACAACACCCCAAUUACAGACUGAAGUUAUAAGACACUACUCAAAACAGGCCAUUAAGCAGAUGUAUGUUCUUAUUCUUGGGCUUGAAGUUUUAGGAAAUCCAUUUGGCUUAAUUCGAGAAUUUUCUGAAGGAGUAGAAGCAUUUUUCUAUGAACCGUAUCAUGGAGCCAUCCAAGGUCCUGAGGAAUUUGUAGAGGGUAUGGCAUUAGGACUUAAAGCGUUAGUUGGAGGAGCUGUUGGUGGACUGGCAGGUGCUGCCUCUAAAAUUACUAAUGCUAUGGCUAAAGGUGUUGCUGCCAUGACUAUGGAUGAAGAUUACCAGCAGAAGAGAAGAGAAGCCAUGAAUAAACAACCUGCAGGUCUUAGAGAAGGCAUCACACGUGGAGGAAAAGGCUUAGUAUCUGGUUUUGUAAGUGGCAUAACAGGAAUAGUGACUAAGCCAAUCAAAGGAGCCCAAAAAGAAGGAGCAGCAGGGUUCUUUAAGGGUGUUGGGAAAGGAUUAGUUGGAGCUGUGGCAAGACCAACAGGAGGAAUUAUUGAUAUGGCUAGUAGCACCUUUCAGGGAAUUAAAAGAGCUACUGAGACUUCUGAUGAAGUAGAGAGUCUUCGUCCUCCAAGAUUCUUUAAUGAAGAUGGCGUUAUUAGACCUUACAGGUUGAGGGAUGGAACUGGAAAUCAGAUGUUACAGGUGAUAGAAAGAGGAAGAUUUGCCAAAAGCAAGUAUAUUACACAUGUUAUGGUCAAUAAAAAAGAUUUCUUGAUGGUAACCACAAGUGGUGUACUGUUUGUGACAAAAGGAACAUUUGGGCAGCUGACCUGUGAGUGGCAAUACAGUUUUGAUGAGUUUACCAAAGAGCCAUUUAUCAUUCAUGGAAGACGAUUACGUAUUGAGGCCAAGGAACGCGUACGGUCUGUAUUCCAUACCAAAGAGUUUGGGAAAAUAGUUAAUUUUAAGACUGCAGAAGAUGCUAAGUGGAUCCUUUCAAAGCUGGAAGAAGUGAGAGAGUUCAACCCAAAGCUCUAAGUGAUGGAAGGAGCUGAAGACAGUGUGGAUGAAACAAAACCUGACUUUAAAGCUGUUGUGUUCCAGUGCCCGAUUAUCAAAAUUAAUUUGGGGAGUCAGAUAUAAAAUUGUAUUCAAGCACCCCAUGUUUUGUGGUAUAGUUGUUUUCAUUAAGGAAUCAGUUGGAAUCAGGUAAAAUACCUACUUACAAUAUUUCACCCAUUUUGGGGAUGAUUACGUUUUUAACUUAAAGCAAGCAUCCGGUUAAAAUUCUUUUAAGAUAUUUUUUUAAAAGAUAAUUUUUUUUCUUGAGGGAACUUUACUACAUGCUAUAGAUGUGUAUCUCACACUAAUAAAGGAGUUGCCCUAAGUUAUUUCCACUCAGAACUAAAUUAUAAUGUUUUCUGGGUCAUAUUCUAAAGUUUACUAUACUUGUUUAUAGACUCCUAUAGUACAAAUGGUUAGAGUGAGCAGUGGGUAGACUGUUUACUAUCAUUCCAAUAUCUCAAGACCACCUUCGGUAUUAGUCUAAUCAGAAAGGUGAAGCUCAGCAGUUUUAUCUUUGAAAUUCUUUUUAUGAAUAAAUAUUUUGGAAGUAUUUUCUUUAUUUUUUUACAUUAAGGAUAGGUUCAAAUUAUUCUUCAGAUGUACUAGUGUUUGGAGUUACCUUUUUUAUACAUUAUGCUAUAAAUUAUAAAAUCAAUCCACUGAUACCUUGCCUUAAGACAUAACAUGAUGUUGACAAAAUAGUUAUCAUGCUCAGGAAAGUCUCUUUGAAAGAGUAAAAUAAAUACCUCCUCAAGCCAAGUCCCUGGGGACAACAUUGUUCAUUUAGUUUAUAUAUUUAAUACUUUUAGUAGAAUGAUGACCUUACAGAAAACCUGAAGCCUUCCAAAUGUAGCUUCUUCCGGAUUUCCUCCAGAGACCAGGGCCAUGUCACAAAUUUAAAUUCCUUGCAAUAACUCCCAUCCCAAGGAAUUGUAUAGAAUGACUCACAGGUGUUACUGGAAAUUAUGGUAACCUAAAAUGAGAACCAGCACCAAGAGGUGAAUGCUAGAGACUCCAGAACUUCAGGUUCUCUUUUCUAAGCUCAUGACUCUACACGUGCAGUUCAUCCAAACAGAAAUAAUUGGCUGCAUUUGAGUGGAAAAAAGGUCAUGGGAUUUCUUUCUCUAUAGAAAUCUUUUUUUUUUCCUUUUGGAGGAAAUGCUGAAUGAUAACCAUAUUUUCUGUUUAGUUAUUGAAUAGUAUGGCAUAUCGGAUGCAUGUUCUAACUGCUGCCAAAAG